AUGUUGACCAAAUUCUUGAUUCCAGUCGUUGCUUCCAUUGCCGCAGUUUCUGCUGCCCCAAAGGCCUCUCCAUUUGCUUUGGCCGAGGCAGGUGCCAUUCCAUAUGAGUUUGCUCAAGCUCUUGAGACUCCAGAAGUUUUCAAGAGAGCUGAAGACUACAACUGUCACUUGAACUGUGGUUUGAUGAUCUACGCUGCUUGGGACUGUGGUCCAGAGGCCGGUCCAUUCGACGCCGACUGUCUGUGUUCCGAUGGAUCUGCCUUUAACACUCGUAAGGACUACUGUCUGGAGUGUGGAUGGUGUUUGUACCAAUCUUACUUCGGAUACUUGUCUGGCCCAUUGGCUACUUGUGGAUACCCAACCACUCCAACUGGUCAAACAUGUAUUGAGACCGCAACUGGUUUGACCCCAACCAUUGGUCCAUUCACUAACGGUGGUGGUGCCACUUCCUCCAGCAGCUCUUCCAGCUCUGCUGCUCCAACUUCAUCCAGCUCUGCUUCCAGUUCUGCUGCUCCAUCUUCUUCCGAAGUAUCCAGUUCUGCUGCCCCAUCUUCUUCCGAAGUAUCCAGUUCUGCUGCCCCAUCUUCUUCCGAAGUAUCCAGUUCUGCCUCAUCCGUAGCUCCAACUUCUUCCGCAGUUUCAAGUAGUGGCUCUUCCGUGGCUCCAACUGUUUCCUCAGCUUCUACUUCACACUCUUCUUCCGUGGCUCCAUCCGUUAGCCCAAUCGCUGGUGGUGCUGCUGCCAAUGGUGUUGGUAUCUCUGCCAUGUUCGGUGCUGUUAUGGGUUACCUCUUUAUCUAA